AUGCCGCUCUCAAAGCUCCAGGCAGCUUGGCUGCAGACCAGCGUUCUCAUUGCGCUGAACCUGGUCGCCAUCCAUGAGAUGGAGCGGGACGCCUUCACCAGUGUGUGGGAGGACGGGGCAGUCAAAAACCUGACGGAUGCCUACAGCCAAUUGUCCAGCUCACGGGACACAGCUUUGGGUCUCAACACCACUGCCAUAAGCAGCGGCAACAGCACGUCGCCGGGCCAGCUCUCCACGUCAACAGGGGCUGGAGCAGAGAGUUCGGAGCCCUUCUACCUGCACAGCCUUCCCCGGCAGGCUCUUCUCUACGCACUGACGGUGCCGUUCUCGUUCUACUGGCAUCUCCUACUGGAGCGCAUGCUCCCGACGCGGCCGCGCGGCGUCGAGUUGCACUACGAGAAGCCUCACGCUCUGCGGGAGAAGGCGGUCUCGCCGCUCCAGGAGCCCGGCGAGGGCCAGGAGGAGGAGGUUGUCAAGCGCUGGAUCGCGCAGGGCAAGGUGCGGCGCUCGAGUGUGAGCUGGUGGAACACGUUCGUCAAGUGGGUGCUAGACCUCAGCGUCGGCAAGAUCAUCUGCGAGGUCGUGUACCAUCUCGUGGACAACAUGGUGUUCAAGCAUCGGGGCAAUUUUGGCAAGGCCGUUGUGGAGCUGAAAGUUAGCGUCAUCUGGUGCACUUUGACAUCCUUCGUCAGCAUCAGACCUCUGGCCUCUCUGAUCGGGUUUAUCGUCAUACCUGCACACCAGCGGCCCGCGUUCCAGGCUGGAAUGGACUUGGUGGCGUCGGUCUUCUUCAGCGCCUUUUUCCGACUCGUGAUCCCCUGGGCUGUGAAGACGGAUUUUGUCCAGCGUGUCCUAAAGGAACAGGCGGAAACGACGAGGUAUAUGAAUGAGAACCCGGGCAGCAUGCCUCCUGACUUUCGUCUAUCUUCUGACAGAGGACGACUUAUUGACGAACUGUGA